AUGUUCAGACCACGCCCAGUGCAGCAGCCUGCUGCAUCCGUGCAUUCAGAAGCUGGACCAUCCACGAAUAUCACCGUCGAGCCUAAUCUAGCUGAUCAGACGAGCAAUGUCACAACACCUCCUCUCCCAGGUCCUUCGGCCGAGGACCAAUCGUUCGUGUCGAGGAUCAUGUCAGAUAAUCCUUACUUCUCUGCAGGUGCAGGAUUGAUGGGUAUAGGAGUAGUCCUCACAGUGUUCAGACGAGGUCUCACUCUCGGGACAACCUUCGCUCAACGUAGGAUGCUCGUGACUCUCGAGAUACCUUCAAAAGACAGAGCUUACCCGUGGUUUUUAGAAUGGAUGGCAUCUCAGUCUGCCUCUCAAGCUGGGAAGGGGAAACGACCAAUGGGAUUCAGAAGUCAUGAAUUAGCUGUUGAGACUAGCUAUAAGCAACAUGAGAAUGGAAGCUCCGAAGCUGUGUUUAACCUUGUUCCUGGACCUGGUACACAUUACUUCAAGUACCAUGGAACAUGGUUUCAGGUAAAACGAGAAAGAGACGCGAAACUUAUGGAUCUACAUUCGGGCUCCCCUUGGGAAACACUCACUCUUACUACUCUAUCGGCCUACCGACACCUAUUCUCAUCCCUUUUGACCGAAGCUAGAGCGUUGGCAGAAGCGUCUACAGAAGGCAAGACGGUGGUAUACACAGCCUGGGGGGUAGAGUGGAGACCAUUCGGUAAACCGCGAAGUAGGAGGGAGAUGGGUAGUGUAGUACUUGCGGAAGGUGUUUCGGAGAAGAUCGAGAAUGAUUUAAGGAGUUUCUUGGGUAGAGGGAAAUGGUAUGCUGAGAGAGGUAUACCGUAUAGAAGAGGAUACUUGUUGCAUGGACCACCAGGAUCGGGCAAAACAUCUUUCAUCCAAGCUUUAGCUGGAUCACUACAUUAUAAUAUCUGUCUAUUGAAUCUUGCGGAAAGAGGACUGACGGAUGAUAAGUUGAAUCACCUUUUGGGACUGGUACCGGAAAGAAGUUUCAUCUUACUUGAGGAUGUGGAUUCAGCGUUUAGUAGGCGUGUACAAACGAGUGAGGAUGGGUACAAAUCCUCCGUCACAUUCUCUGGUCUAUUGAAUGCCCUCGACGGUGUGGCUUCUUCAGAAGAGAGGAUAAUCUUCAUGACUACGAAUCAUUAUGAGCGACUGGACCCAGCGUUGAUCCGACCAGGCCGAGUGGACAUCCAUGAAUUGCUAGAUGAUGCGGCUGGCGAACAAGCCAAGAGGUUAUUCGUCAAGUUCUACGGGAACUCUACUACCGUAAAUCCGGAUGGCGAAGAGAAAGGAAGGAUAUUGAGGGAAGGUGAAACUCCCUUAACGGAUGAGGAGGUAGAGGCAUUGGGUAAUGAAGUAAAACAAAUCGUAGAGGAUGAGAGAAGUCAGGGAAAGACGAUAAGUAUGGCUAGUCUACAGGGGCUGUUCAUACGUACGGGCGCGAAAGAGAGUUUGGGUGGGAUUAGGGAGUUAUGUGGAUCGAAAGGACAAGAAGGAGUGUGA